AUGGUGAAGUACUCUGUGCAUACUGCAUACCAAUGGUAUUGCUCCCAGCGAUCCAAGGCCGAGCUCGAUCUCCCCGAUCUUAACGAUCCAAACGCCAAAGGAGAAAUUGAUCUGUUCCUCGGCGAGCGUUUCUGUCGCUAUGAUGGGUGCCCAAAAGAUACUCCUGCGACCUCGACCAACAACCUGCGGAAGCAUUAUGCUGAUAAGCAUGGUGACAUUACCUUGGCGAGUCAAAGUGGUCGUCCCACUUUGCAAGAUGAGCAUGAUGCUGUCGAGUUUUAUAUUGCGAUUCGGGAUGGGUACGAUGCGAAGGUUACAGCUGAAGCAGAAGUGAGGCCCCAGCUCCCUCGCAAGGCAGAUGGAACAAUUCACCUCACCAAUAUGCGCAAGGUGGCAAAGGAACGCGGUGGUCAAGUUCCAUGUGAGCCAUGCAAGGAUGCAAAUGAUCGUGCUGGUUGUUGCCGUGAAGUUAAUGCCGACCGAUGUGACAAUUUUGAGCUGUUUGCGACUGGUUCUGAAGCAGAGGAAGGUGAUGAAGAAGAAGAGGAGGAGGAAUAG